AUGGGGUGGACUCAUGUCCUGAGCUUGCCUGAUAUUUCUGUCCCCUCCCUCAGCUCUGUGUGGUUACUUUAUCUGAAUACAAUUUGGGCAGACAUAUCCAAACACACAACAGUAACUUACUUCAUCCUCAGCGGCUUCUCAGAUGUCCCACAGCUGAGAUUGGUGGUCACUAUUUUUCUUAUUUAUAUAAUUGGCCUCCUGGGGAACCUCUCCAUCAUAACAGCUGUGAUGAGAGACAGUCGGCUCCACUCUCCCAUGUACUUCUUCCUGAAGAACUUGUCUUUCCUGGACAUGUGCUACACCUCAGUCACCAUCCCCAAGGCAGUGGUUGUAUCCUUCACAGGCUCAGGGGUCGUCUCCUAUCUCGAGUGUGUAGCACAGCUUUAUAUAUUUAUCACACUCUGUGCUACUGAAUGCUUUCUGCUCACAGCCAUGGCUUAUGACCGGUGCCUGGCCAUCCUCAGACCACUGCUCUAUGGAACCAUCAUGAGCCAGAAAUAUUGCUUUGCAUUGGUGGUCACUGCCUGGGUGGGUGGGGCUUGCUACUCAACAUUUCAUACUCUCAACACGUUCUCCCUCCCCUACUGUGGACCCAAUGUUGUUGAACACUUCUUCUGUGACAUCCCUCCUGUCAUGAGACUCUCCUGCACCGAUUACCAUGUCAAUGAGGAGGUGGGCUUUGCUGUUGGCACCUGCACUGUCAUGAGCGCCUUUGCCCUCACAGUGGUCUCCUAUAUUGGCAUUGUGGCCACAGUUCUUCGCAUCCCCUCAGUGGAUGGCAGGUGGAAAGCCUUUUCUACCUGCUCCUCUCACCUCACCACAGUCAUCCUGUUUUAUGGAACAGGAAGCUUUGUGUACCUGAAGCCUGCCUCUCAGUACUCCCCGACUCUGGAUCCCCUGGCUUCUAUUUUCUAUUCUGUAGUCACACCUUCCUUGAAUCCAGUUGUCUGUUGUCUGAGGAACAAAGAUAUGAAGUGUGCUCUACAGAAACUUUGUGGGAGGAAGAACUGA